CAAUUGUUUUAUCUUUAUCCGUCCCUGAUUUCUAUACUGGUAGGUGAGUCUAAGCAAAGAAUAAUAACCCUUUACUCAAUUUCUUUUUUCCAUUUCUGCUUUUUCUUAACAAACAUGAUUUUGUUCCUCAUUGAUAAUUGGAAUUGGUUUUUACAGCUCAGAUUCUUGUCAUAUCCUAGAUAGUGUAUUGUUUUAAUUCAUAGCUUUCUUUACUUGACUAAUAUUUUAUCUUGAUUUAUACGUAUUUUUAAAAAAGUAUUCCUGUCUUUGUCACAGCAGCUUAAAUUUCUUUCCAGUUUCGUGAUUGGUACUUUAACCAAAUCUCUUAUAAUCCUGCAAGUUAAACCUAUCAAGGGUUUUAGUUAUCCUUUUGGAGCAGAAUUCUGGGUUGUACGCAUUUUCUCUUUUAAGGAUUUGGUCAUUUGGGUUUCUGGGGUAAGUGAUUAGUGAGAAUUUUUGCAAAUGGAUGAAUUGGUUGGACCUCGCUUGUACAGCUGCUAUAAAUGUCGAAAUCAUGUCUCUCUUCAUGAUGAUAUAAUCUCUAAGGCGUUUCAGGGAAGGAACGGCAGAGCUUUUCUGUUUACUCAUGUGAUGAAUAUUGUGGUUGGGGCUAAAGAAGACAGAACUCUCAUGACGGGUCUUCAUACUGUUGCUGAUGUACACUGUGGGGAUUGCAAUGAGGUUUUGGGCUGGAAAUAUGAACGAGCUUAUGAGCCAACUCAGAGGUACAAGGAAGGGAAAUUCAUACUUGAGAAAUCUAAAAUCGUUAAAGAGAAUUGGUAGCCGCCACCAAUUUCUAGUUGAUUCUUUAUCUUUAAUACUUAAUGUAAGUAAAAUAAUCCUAUCUAUAUCAAUCCCUGUACAUAACAUGCCGAACUGAAUAGAUUGCAAAUGCUCAAUUGAAGAUUUCACUUUCUGUUGUU